ACCCCGAGCAUUUCUAUCUCAUUUGUACUGUAAAUAUUACGCUUUCGUGCAGUAUUGCACAAAUCUGCCCUGUAUCCAAAUUUGUACUUGGUGGCCCUGAAACCUCUUUAUUAGCCUCAUAGUAGCAUAUUGCGUCAUCCACAUUGUGGAAUUUUCCGCCACUGCAUGUGGAAGGGCAAAAUCGGCAUCAAGAUCAGUCGUGCAGUAAUUUUGAUGGACUUGACCGUGAAAUAGUGUCUGUUCGUUAAAAAUGUCGUGGUUAGAUCCUGUAGAAACGACUUAUCAGGGUGUAACGGAGAAUGAACAGGCGCUGCUGGCGGCGAUUCUGCAAGGUGACGCGGAGAAGGUGAGACAACUGUGUACACAGCCUGACGUGGACCUGCACAGAAAGGUGACGCGGCAUGGAGAGGGCGAUCUCGCCUCCCUACAAUGGGAGGACUCCUUCCUGUGCACCGCAGCCGAGCUGGGGCACGAGGGGAUCGUCAGGGAGCUGGUGUCAGCCGGGGCCAGGGUCAACCUGCUCUGCCGGGACAGGGACGGCUUCACGCCGCUGAUACGUGCGAUCGUGCACGACCAGGUUCCAGUAGUAGAGGCUCUUCUGAGAGACCUCGGGGCAGAUGUCCACCUGGCAGACAGCUGCGAACAAUCACCCCUGCACCACGCCGUCCGUCGUGUCCACGAACAGAAGCGACUACGGAUCCUGCUCAAGUAUGGGGCAACCGUCAACGCGCAGGACAUGUGGGGGUACACACCACUGGUGGCAGCCAUCCAAGAUGCAGGACCAGUGCUAACAGUGGAGGUACUGCUGAAGGAGUAUGGCGCAGACCCAAACCUAGCUGAUAACAACGGCCGCACUUCCCUGCAUUGGGCCAUGCGCUCGGAUCAUGCUGACAAGCUGCUGCCGUUGUUGAAAGAAGCGGGGGCCGACGUGAACGCCCAGAACAAGAAUGAAGCUACGCCGCUGAUCAGAGCAAUUCUGUUUGACCGCGUUUCAGCUGUAGAAACCUUGGUUCGAGAUUACAAGGUUGAUCCCAACGUACCUGACGACAUGGGACUGACACCUUUACACUGGGCUGCCAAAUCCAGACAUGCUACCCCAUUGGUGAAAACUCUCCUGGCCGCAGGAGCAGACGUGAAUGCGAAGGACGGACAAGAGCAGACACCCCUGCACGUUGCGUCUGGUUCAAACUCUGCAGAAACAAUCUCACUUUUAGUGGAUGCUGGUGCAGAAGUGAACUCGGUUGAUGUGAAGGGUAACACAGCCCUCCAUAUUGCCGCACGGGAAAAUGCCAACACUGAAGUUUUCAAAGCCCUUAUCAGCCACGGCAUCAACAUUAAUGCAAAGAAUGAAGAAGGGGAGACAUCAUUGUUGUUGACUAUGCAGACACAGGCCAGUGACGCCUUCCAAACAUUGCUUGACUCCAACGCGGACCUGCAGAUUGUGAGUGAUACGGACGACUCCCUCUUGCAUAUGGCAGCACGAAGGGACGCCAAGGACCUUGUACGGAUGCUGCUACAACAAGGGGUGGACGCCAACACCAGUAAUGCUGUGGGGGACACCGCUCUUCAUGCCGCAGCACGCAGAAAUGCUGACGAAGCCGUCCAAGAACUGAUCCAAAAGGGCUGCAGCGUGAACGCGAAGAAUGCGAGUGGGGACACACCUCUCCAUCUGGCUGCCAAGUGUGCCUACGCUGGAUGGGAUGAGACGCACAUCGUUCAGAUCCUAGUGGAGAGUGGUGCUGACCCCAGUUUGAAAAACAAGGAGGGAAAAACACCAUAUGAGGUUGCAAAGGACAGCAACUUUCCGGAAGCCACAGAGUACAUUUACAAGGGACUGGAAGAGUAGACUCCAAGUCUUCUCCAAGUAAAGGCCAAGCCCCCAUACGUACCUGUGGGGGCCCAGAUAGGAUAGCCUGGCAUGGUAGCCAGAUCUAGUAGGCAGGCAUCCUGGCCUUUUCUGUAAAACCAACUAUUUGUAAUGUUGUAUGUUGAUAUGGUCCAAAAGUAGAUGCUGUGACAUGCAUUAAUUCAUGAUGUCAUUAUGUAUCAUUCCAGUCUGUUUAACACAAAUUCUGCUGUCCAGGGCUGUAACUGGUCCCUCCCUGCAGGAUGUUGGAUGGGCUGCUAUAAGUGAGAUUCAAUUAGGCAAUAUCAUUCCAGUUUCAAAAUGACUUGUUAUUUGGUGAUUUAAAACAGUGAGAACUGUUUUUGUGGAUGGACUGUUUUUGUGCUGCUGGCUUGUAUAUGUGUAUGGAAGAUACAUUUGCACCAGGAACAGACUUUGGCUUAUAUGUUAUUGUUGGUUAUUUUCAAUGAGCAGUGGACUCUCAAUAAUAGUAGAUUAAUGAUCAGUGGAAGUAUCAUUUUUAAUUUUACCAUACUUUUCUAAUGUGGAUGUUUAUUGUGCCAAUGGUAAAUAAAGAUGUCAUUUUA